AAAAAACUGAUCUGUGUUUUCUUUGUUUUGAAGAAAUCUUCUCAUUUUCUUUGUCAAAAAUCUCAUCUUCUUCAAGUUUUUUUUUGGGUGCUGGUAGCUCUGUAAUGGAGUUCUCUUCUUGAUAGUCUGAAGGGGUCGUUCUGCUUUCGGUUUCUCUGCAACGACCAUAGAUCUUGAGGAAUGGAGAAGGAAACAAAGAACCAGCGAGUAGGUAGAGGUCCGGAAACCGAUUUCCUUCUACAGUGGGGGAACCGGAAGAGACUGCGAUGCGUGAAGAUAAAAGAAGAAGACGACGCAUCAGAGAAACCCAACGGCGUGAUUAGGAAGAAAAUCACCUCUCGGGUUGAUCGGCGUGUCGUCAGAGGGGAGAAAGAAACUUCUCUCCCUCCUCCACAACCUAAUCACAUUAACAGAAACUCCGAAACAACCACGAUUCCGUCUACGCCAAGCGAGAAUAGAAAGUCAUCUUCGCCGGAAAAGGAAGACAGGUACUACACGACCAGAGGGUCUCUGGGUUUCGAUGACAAUGGCAAGAUAUCCAUGGAUUUAGGACAGGAUAGAGGGUUUGUUUGGCCCAAGUUGUUUAUUUCAUUGUCAAGCAAAGAAAAAGAGGAGGAUUUCAUGGCGAUGAAGGGCUGUAAGCUUCCUCAAAGGCCCAAGAAAAGGGCUAAGUUCAUCCAAAAGAGUUUACUUUUAGUGAGUCCCGGUGCGUGGCUCUCUGAUCUAUGCCAAGAGAGAUAUGAAGUGAGGGAAAAGAAGACAUCAAAGAAGAGACCGAGAGGAUUGAAGGCCAUGGGAAGCAUGGAAAGCGAUUCAGAAUGAGUAGCCAUCUCUUCGGAUUUCGAUAAUUGGGUUUUUUCCUUUUAUGGAUCUUCAGGGGAGAGUUGUUAGAGGUUAUUGACCGGAAAAUUUAAAAGGAAUAGA